GGCCGGCAGGGCUGCUCCCUCCGCUCCGGCACAGGGCUUUCCCCGGUCACAGCAGUCGCGGGGGUUCGGCACUCGCAGCCGCUCCCCGGGUGCAGCUCGGCUGUCCCGAAGCGCCGCUUCUCCGGUACCGGAGGGCUGUACGUGCACAGCCCGCUCGCCUCUCCGCUCUCUUGCAGAGGUGCUCGGGACACGGAGAUUUUAGCCUAGGAAACUUCCAUGCUAGAAUAUUGUCACCUCCAGUUCAUCAUUCAGCAACAUCUGACACUUCAAGCAGCUCUUUCUGCCUUGAAUUGUCAUACAAGACAUCUUCAGCACUCCUCUGCUUUCUGAGCCAAGAGUCUGUUACCAUGGAUUUCUCCUGGAUCUGUGCAGCACAUGCUCAGCAGAGCCUGCUCUAGCCUGAGAACGGGCCCAGUCAAGACAACCAAGAUGACAAACGAACCUGUCAAAGAGAUCCUGGGCACCCCAAAGCAGCCUGAUUCUGUACCCACAGAGAAGAGUAACAACAAUGACUGUGUGAUUACCACCAUCCCCCUGGUCAGUGAAUGCCAGCUGACAGCAGCCACGGGGGGAGCAGAACUCUCCUGCUACCGCUGCACCAUUCCCUUUGGCGUGGUCAUCCUGAUAGCUGGCAUCGUGGUGACUGCUGUGGCGUACAGCUUCAACUCCCAUGGAUCCAUCAUCUCCGUCUUUGGGCUGGUCCUCUUGUCCUCAGGACUCAUUCUGCUGGCUUCCAGCGUGGUGUGCUGGAAAAUCAGGCAACAGAACAAGAAAGCAAAGAGGCGGGAGAGCCAGACAGCGCUUGUGGCAAACCAGCGAACCUUGUUUGGUUAGAGGCAGCCAAGAGAAGGCUAGACAGAAGGCAGAACCUUUGUAAGUCAACUUGGCUAUUUAUCAGUAGGAGAGAUUGCAGGUUUUAAUUUAACUGUGGAAACGAACUGAAAUGAAAAUGGAAUGGAUUAAGGAAUACUUGUAGCAACUCUGCAAGUGCUCUCAGUAUAUUUCUUACUGCAGACUUGGUAGUAAUUCUUUCCAAGACAGAGGAAAACCCAUUUUUCCUUCACAGAAAACUGUGUCACAUAACUGUAACCAUCCUAACUGCGUUCUCCAACACGCUGAUCAUGUUGGAAAGGGAACUUGUGGGAACUGAGAAAAUGACUUGAACUGACUUGAAAUGCCAGAGGUCUCCUUAAAACACUGAUAUUUGACCGAGGAAGAAGUCACAGCAUUUGAAGUGACUACAAGCGUAUGGCCAGAGUAUCUGGGACUUAAACUGUAGCUAAAAAACAAAAAGGCAAUAAGAACACAUUGCAAAUUGCUCAAUAAGCUGAUUCUUAUAUUUUAUGUAACUUCCCCCUCCCAAUACCUGUGGUACUUUCCCCCUUUUUUAAAUCAACUAAUAUUGAUUUUGUUUCACUAUUGAAUAGAAAUCAGUAGAAAUGUGUAAUUAUGUUGUUUAACCUAAAUAACGAGGUAUGAUCAUAGCUUAAAACAUGAGACUUUUUUGUAAAUUAGAGUGAUCAGGUUUAGCACUUUUGAUUUUUUGCUAUAAAAUGAAAAAAUAAAUUUCAUUACAAUAAUAUCCAGUGCUGCUAGACCUUUAGAAAAUAUUUCUUUAUUGCUGUUAAGAUAGCUUGUAUCUUUGACUCUGACUGCUUUAUAUUUCUAUUUUGUAGAACAACCCCUGUGACAAUAACUGUGAACACAUGUAUUGAUGAUCUCUUACAAAAACCUCUCCACCUCUAUGGACUUGGGUUUGAUAGUUCAACCCUCUGCAGCUUGAUUAACAGCUCUGUUAUUGAAAAAUCAUAGCAGACAGUUCUGCAGACACUCACUGUCACAGUCAGUUUGAGACAUAACUAUUAAUAAUAACUUGUAGAAGCAAAGCUAUGUGUAGUGUUUGCUGACUGAGCUUUGGGAUUACAAAUCUUCAUGAGAAGCAGGUGCCAGGUGUCCCCCGCUUGUGACUGAGUGUUGAUUCUGUAACUCUUGUGUUGUAGAGGUCUUCCAGCUUUUCUCAGUUAAUGGAUUAUUGAAGGGCUUGUCCCAGAUUGAAGCAAACCAGAAGAUUAUUUCUCCUUCUUGAAGGACAAGUGGUGCUGAGCUGUGUCACAAGUUUCCACCCCAGUGUGUAGGAGAAGGCAGAGGGGCUGCAUGGAGCUCUUUCUAUUUUUCCUCUCUUUUAUUUUCCCCCUUACUUUCUCCAGACUCAAAAGGGCUGGGUGUGAUUUUUGCUUUCCACUACCAAGGCGAGACAGGCCUGUGCCUUCUCUUUGCCCUCAGAGCCUCUGGCAGCCGGGAUGGUUUUGGUGAUGCUGCUGCAGAGCCCACCUGCCAAAGAGGUGCUGCAGGUAGCUCCUCCUGGAUCCCUACACUUCUCCGGCUGAAACCACCCAGGAAUUCUGGCUUAGGUGCCACCAUUUCCUCUGCUCUC